UUUGUUAGCCUGCGCAGGAGAUAAGGUAAAAGAGAGAUACUGCAGCAUCAAAGCCACCAUUAUAGGAGAAAUUUGCAGUUCGGACGGUAAACCGAUCAAGCUCUCUCGAUCCUCCUAUUCUGCUGUAAAACAAAACAAAACAAAACCAAAUAGAUGUUCCUUCACGGCUCAAUCUUCUCUCUAUUCGUCUCUUAUCAUCCGGUGAUAUCGAAGAUAUAUUUCUCCAUAAAUUAGCUCCUAGGUCUUCUAAAUCGAUUCUUCAAUGGCCGCUCCACCUGCAAGAGCUCGUGCUGAUUACGAUUAUCUUAUAAAACUCCUCCUAAUUGGCGACAGCGGUGUGGGUAAGAGUUGUCUUCUUCUACGAUUCUCUGAUGGUUCCUUCACUACUAGUUUUAUUACCACGAUUGGAAUUGACUUCAAGAUAAGAACUAUUGAACUAGAUGGCAAACGCAUCAAACUCCAGAUUUGGGACACAGCUGGCCAGGAGCGAUUUCGAACCAUCACAACUGCUUACUAUCGUGGAGCAAUGGGCAUUCUGUUGGUUUAUGAUGUUACAGAUGAAUCUUCUUUUAACAACAUUAGGAAUUGGAUUCGAAACAUUGAACAACAUGCUUCUGACAAUGUCAAUAAGAUACUUGUAGGAAACAAGGCCGACAUGGAUGAAAGCAAAAGGGCUGUACCAACUGCCAAGGGACAAGCACUCGCCGAUGAAUAUGGGAUUAAAUUUUUUGAGACAAGUGCUAAAACGAAUCUAAACGUGGAAGAAGUGUUCUUUUCAAUAGGAAGGGAUAUAAAGCAAAGGCUGGCAGAUACAGAUAACAAGCAAGAGCCUCAAACGAUCAAGAUCAAUCAAGCUGAUUCGGCAUCUGGGUCUGGUCAAGUUGCUCAGAAAUCAGCUUGCUGCGGUUAAAAAGGGAUUUUUUGUCGAAUUUUUGGUAAUAUGACAGAAGAAGUAGAAUCGGGAAAUUGUGGCUGUGUUAUUAGCAUUCAUUCUUUUAUCGUGAAAAUAGGGCUUCUUAUUAUUUGGAAUUUUAUUGUCGCACAACACGAAAUUCUGUUUUCCAGAUACUUAAUUUGCUAACCUGUUCUUUUGAAUGAUACUCAAUUCUAUUUCGAAAACUUUAUUAAUACAAACUUCUUAAUACCUA